AUGGCGCAACAUCAUUUGGUGGUUCUUAUUCAUGGAUUGCAAGGUAAUACAGGCCAUAUGAAGUUUAUGGAGGAUCGGUUCAAAAAAUUGAAUCAAGAGGAAGAGUAUCGGGAGGAAAAUUAUAUAGUUUUUAAUAUGAAAGCAAAUGACGAUAAGGAUACUUGGUCAAAUAAUUGGAGUAAAACAGGUGAUGGUAUUCAGAAUGGAGGGGAUCGAUUGAUUUCCGAAUUAAAGGAAAGAAUUGAGGGAAAGGUGGAUGAGUUUGAUGAAAAAGUUGAACACAAGAUUUCAUUUGUUGGUUCUUCUUUGGGAGGAUUGUACUGUAGAUAUGUAAUGGGUUCAUUGUUUGAUAAUGAAAAAGAAAAGAUUGUUGUUCAGCUAAAGGAGAAGUGUUUUAUUUUCCAAUUGGAAAAUUAUGUAGCCAUGGCAUCUCCUCUCAUUUCUGUCAGAUGCCUUGUGAGCACAUUCUUUCACUAUGGAAUGAAAGCAUUUUUUUAUAAGGGAACGGGAAAUGAAAUGCUGUUGGAUGAUUCUAAUCAAUCAGAGGAAGCAAUGAUUUGUAAAUUAGCCUCCCCAAAACUCAAUUAUUAUCAGGCAUUGAAAUCAUGUAAGAGGAGAAUUGCUCUCUGCAGUUGUAAAAAGGAUGAAACGAAAGUGGCCUAUCAGUCUUCUGCCAUAGCCCCAUACAGAGAUAUUUCAGAUAAUCAGACAGAUAAGAGUAAGCCUCUACCUCAUUUAAAAUCCAAACUAGUUAAAAGUGUAUGUUAUGAUGAAGAAGGAGCUUUCAUUGAGGAUUUAAAAAACGUAGACAAGUCACGAUUCUAUUUCAAUGGCGAUUCAAAGGCAACAUGGAUUGCGAAACUGAUUUCAAACUUAAGACAAAUGAGCUGGAUGAGAGCAGAUGUAGAUUUGUAUCAUGCACAAGCAGCUAUCGUGAAUGAAAACAGAUCAGAAAUAGCAGAUCUUGUCCUUAAAUUAUGGACUUUAUAG